UGCUUCCGCAGGCCCUAAUCAGAGGUAUCAGUAGCAUACGGGAUCUCUCGGUGGAAUGGCGAUCUAUCUGACGCUCGGUGCGUUUUUCAUUGCGAUCGUUACUUGUCACGCUGUCGAUUUGUACGAUAAUUGCGAAGAUGGAGCCGGAGUGGCGGGACUCUGCGUCCCGGUUAAAGACUGUAAUCCAAUCAGUGCCCUGUUGAUGCGAGGUGCUUUAUCCAGUGAUGAGAAAAACUACAUCAUUAAAUCAAACUGUGGUAUGCUAAGUUCGGGAAGAGGAGUCUGCUGUCCACUACCGAAGUCGUUAAAAGCCCGAUUUGCCGCUCCUGCAGGGCUUCCUCCCUCGGGAACGUGUGGUCAUGAUUCCAGCAGUCGAAUAGUAGGAGGAGAAACUGCCGAGCUCGACGAAUACCCAUGGUUGGCUCGUAUUCAAUACUUUAAACCGAACAAAAGAUUGGGUUUCCACUGUGGCGGCGUGCUGAUCAACGAGCGAUACGUACUGACAGCGGCUCACUGUAUCCAAAAUGUUCCGUCAACUUGGAAAGUGUACAAAGUUCGCUUGGGAGAUUAUGAUGCCGAAUCCGAUAUUGAAUGCAGUGCGAACGAUCAAACUGACUGCGUCAACUCGUCCCAGGACAUUCUAAUAUCGUCGUACUACAUCCAUGAGGACUACUUUCAAGAGAAUGGUGCCGACUACAAUGACGUUGCCCUAAUUCGGCUAUCAGUACCUGUGAACUACACCGCGUACAUCAGUCCUAUCUGCUUACCGAACACGGAAGAGCUGAAGAAUUUAGAUACCACAGACAAACUGAUGACAGUUGCCGGUUGGGGACAGACUGAGUCCGGAUCAACAAGUCGGUACAAAAUGUACUUAAGGGUCGCUGGCUGGAACAACGAUCGCUGUGCUGAAGCCUUCACCUCCGCCAAUGUGGACAUCAUCGAGAGUCAUUUGUGCGCCGGUGGUAAAAAAGGACAGGAUUCGUGUCGAGGAGACUCAGGAGGCCCAUUGAUGAAGCUGGAGAGUGCCCAUGGCAAGAUGUCCUGGUACCUUAAGGGUAUCGUAAGCUUCGGUGCGAAUCGAUGUGGAACAGAAAACGUGCCAGGGGUUUACACUAGAGUUAGUAACUACGUUGAUUGGGUUCUUGAAAAUAUAGAAGAGUAAUAGCUAGCAUAAACACGUUACUUGAAUUUUGUUUUCGAUUAAAAUCCAAUUAAAGGAAUUUCGGAUGAUAAUACACGAUCAACAUGUAAUGAGUAUUUCAGAAUGUUAAUGCUAAUAAAAUCUAGGGAUCAAUAUGGUUCG